AAUUUUGCUUCCUCCCAUUAGCCCAUUCUGUUUUUUUUCUUUCUUUUCUUCUUUUAUUUUUGUUUUUUGUUUUUUCAAUUUUUCAAUUUUCUUCUUCUUCUUCUUCUUCUUCUUCUUCUUCCUCUCAUUUUCCUCCCCAUUUCACAUAGAUCACUUCAAAAACACGAAUCAGUCUGUAUCAGCUCUCUCUUUCGCUUCCCUUCUUCACUGCCAAUCAAUCUUUAUAGCCCCCCCAUUGCUUUCUUCACACGCUCACCGGCUUAAUUCUUCUGUAUUCUAACUUAUAAACGGGGAGGUUCUUUUGUUUUUUCUUCUUUCUAGGGUUAGUGAAGAUGAGCGGUGGUGGGGUUAGGUCUUCAAUCCCGAGCAACGUCCGGAAGACGAUCCAGAACAUAAAAGAGAUCACAGGCAAUCACAGUGAGGAGGAGAUUUAUGCAACGCUUAAGGAUUGCUCUAUGGAUCCCAAUGAAACCGCACAAAAGCUUCUUCUUCAAGAUCCAUUUCACGAAGUCAAAAGGAAACGUGACAGGAGAAAAGAGAAUGUGAACAACAGAGAUUCUGGGGAUGCUCGUUGGAGACCUGGAACACAGGGGCGGGGGAGUAAGGGUGGUCGGCCGAACUUUUCAGCUCGUUACACAUCACAUGAUGCUGGUGGUGGCAGGAAUUUGGGCCCUGCAAGAGACAAUGGAACCAACCAAGCUGCAGAGAAGGGAGAUGCAGCUUCUUUGCCAGCUCUUCAAGAGGAAAGCAAGAAAACAAGUCUGUCAGCAAGCUCUGCUGCUGUUGUGGCCAAUGGUGCCAUUGGUGAACCAUCUGGAAGCAACAGUGAAAUGCAUGCUUCUGAUUUACCUUCAGGCAGUGGUGUAAGUCAAAAUAAAGUGACUUCAUCGCCCAUUGCUGUUAGUGAAUUUGGAAGUACAAUGUCCCCUACUGAUGCUGACAAAACGCUCACCAUUACAUUUGGAACCGGGGAUGCACAUGGCAUCCCAAGUCCUGGUAACUCCUCAGUAUCUGUGGCUCCAGCCUCUUCAUCAACAGUCUGUUUCUCGUCAUCAGAUCCUGUACUUGUUCCAUCUAAUGACUCAUGGCUCCCUGGUAUGGUGGGUACCAUCAAACGUGAAGUUGGAAGCCAUACAGCUGUUUUUGAAUCAAAUGCAGUUGGUCCUGCUGAGAAAUCAGCUUCUGAGAUUGGUCCUCCUUUACUACAAGGGAAGAUGCCAAGUAAAGUUGGGAAGGAUCAGCUAAGCGAGUCUUCCCAACCCUCAUCUGCAUCAAUUCAUGGUGGAUCUUCUGGUACCCGGCCUUCCCCUCACUACAAUAGCAGGUCACAACAAGCAAUUGGCUCACAAAAAGAAUCCCUUUCUUCAACAGUUGCUUCUACUAAGGAGUGGAAACCAAAGCCAGCAAACACUAAUGUGCUUCAGGGGUCUGGAUUAGCUGGUUCAUCAGAUGUGCCUAAUGUUCCAGUUGAAGCCAGUAUCCAAUCACAGCCUUUAUCAAAUGUCCUUGAUUCAGAAGAAGCGACUGCAAAACUGCAGAAGAAGCUGGAGGAGUUGCAUCUUCCACAACGUCAACAUGUUAUUAUUCCAAACCAUAUUCAUGUCCCUGAAUCUGAAAGAACAAAAUUGAGUUUUGGAAGUUUUGAUGCAAGUUUUGGAGUAAAAACAAGUUGCGACAGUGGUCCAGAGAGUGAUAAGAGUUCUACACCUUUGUCUGAAACUUCUCAUGGUGCAGAAGAAACUGUGGAGGAACAGGCUGCAAGCAAUCAAGACACAUUUGUGGCUGCUGAGGAGGGAGCUUAUCCUGAUCAUCCAGAGUCACCUUCUCAUGCGCCUGAAAAUUUAACUGGUGAGAGCAAAGUCUCAUCCAGUGCAAUAACUGAGUAUAAUGAAUCCAAGCAGGAUAAUGUGUUGCUCUCUGGGGGCCAGCAAUACUCGGGUGUACAUACUUCUCCAAGCUACAGUUUUGGUUUUGUGCCUCCAAUGCUGAGUAGUCAGAUUGCACCAUUUGAAAACUCUGAAUCUCAAGCACGUGAUGUUUCUCGCCUUCCUAGUUUUGUAGUUCAACAGCCAUUUGAUCCUACAAGUUAUUAUGCUCAAUUUUAUCGCUCGGGUGCUGAUAGCGAUGGUCGUGUUUCUCCCUUUCCAUCAGCUGCAGUUGCUGCGAAAUACAAUGGGACUGUUUCAGUGUUGCCUUCACAUACUUCUCAGUCUCCUCAAGAGGGUGGGAAUUCAUUGGUUCUGUCAACAGAAGGUCCAACUCCAUUGGUGACUCAAGCUGCUGGGCUUAUGCAAAGUUCCAUAGCUGUGACUCAGCAACCGCUCCCAGUCUUCCGUCCACCAACUGGGUUGCACAUCUCCCAUUAUCCUCCAAACUACAUCCCUUAUAGUCAUUACAUUUCCCCAUUCUAUGUUCCACCUCCUGGCAUUCACCAAUUUUUAACUAAUGGUGCAUUUCCCCAGCAACCUCAAGCUGGGAGUGUAUAUCCUGCUCCACCAGCUGCAGCUGCCAUGGGGGUAAAAUAUUCACUUCCACAAUACAAACCAGGAAAUAAUACAGGAAAUUCAACUCAUAUUGGAAUGCCUAGUGGCUACGGGCUGUAUGGCUCCACUCAAGCUGGUUAUAAUCCCAGUUCUACAUCCGCUGCUGGAAACUCUACCACAAAUGAAGAUCUUGGUGCAUCCCAAUUCAAAGAAAGUAAUGUUUACAUCACUGGGCAGCAGAGUGAGGGUCCAGCUGUGUGGAUUGCUGCUCCUGGCCGAGAUAUAUCUAGCUUGCCAGCAAGUUCCUUCUAUAGCCUUCCUCCUCAGGGUCAGCACGUGACUUUCACCCCUGCACAGGCUGGUCUUGGCACCUUUGCCAGUAUCUACCAGCCUGCACAAGCGGUAACAGCAGCAGCUGUUCACCCACUUCUUCAACAGUCUCAGACCAUGGCUGGAGCUGUUGAUAUGGUGGGAUCUGCAGCCAGUGUAUACCAGCAGCCUCAGCAUCAACAAAUCAACUGGCCUAGUAACUAUUAAAAGAUGGAUAUAUUUUAUCUUUUGUACACCAGGAAAAGAAGCCCAAUCUUGGGAUAAUUUUGGGAACUCCAACAAGUUUGGAUAGAGGGGAUUAGAAGAUACAACAUUGGCUGGACGGAAAAAUGCAAAUCUAGAAAAGGAAGGAGUCUGGAGAAGAUUUUGCCAGUGGGUAUUUGGGGCAUUCGUCUGUAACAGAUAUUGACCAUUUUAAGUUAGUUGAGGUAGGCAUGUGCAGUUUUCUUUCUCUUGUUGCUGCCAUAUGGUGUUAACAGUUUGUCUGUUUCGCGGUCUCAAGUUUUCUCCUACUCUUUUCUUUCUUAAAAAGGUCUUUGAACUUAGGUUUUCUAUGGUUGAGUGGUGAUAAAUCUUUUCCAAUUCUUUGACUAUUAAGGUUUUCUAGGGGUUUGGAAGGUAAGAUUACAUAGGUCGGUGGCGAAUUUUUCGAAUUUGUUUUCUUUUACUGUCUUUGCGCUGCCUGUAAAGUGAAUUUUGAUAGCAAAAAAUUGAUGUACCUAACUGUUGUAAUUGGUAUAAGCAAAAGUGAACAUUUCAAUUGUU